AUGUAUCCGAGCGCGGGCGCAAUGAACGCCGCCGCAGCCGCUGCUGCCGUGGCGGCCGCUAGGCAUCCGGGUCCACCGCAGCCGGGACAGCCUAUCAAAUUCACCGUGGGCGAGUCCUGCGAUCGAAUAAAGGAAGAAUUCAAUUUUCUACAAGCCCAAUACCAUAAUUUAAAAUUAGAAUGCGAGAAGUUGGCUAGUGAAAAAAUAGAAAUACAAAGGCAUUACGUCAUGUACUAUGAAAUGUCGUACGGCCUUAACGUGGAGAUGCACAAACAGACGGAAAUCGCGAAGAGGCUCAACGCGAUAAUAGCUCAGAUCCUGCCGUUCCUGUCUCAAGAGCACCAGCAGCAGGUCGCGUCGGCGGUGGAACGGGCGAAGCAGGUCACUAUGACGGAACUGAACGCCAUCAUUGGGCAACAGCGGCCGGACCUGCCGCGGCUGCUGCAGCAGAUGCACGCUGCGCACCUGCCGGCGCACGGGGCGCCCCCGCUGCCGCUGCUGGGCCAGGGUGCGCUGCCCCCGGCGGGGCUGCUCGGCCUCGGCGUGCCCCACCACCCCCUCUCGGUGCUCGCGAAGCCGCCCGAGAUCCACCGGCCCGACGACAAGGGAAACGGUAUCAGUUCAGCGGAAGAGAGACAUAGAAAUUCCAUAUCGCCGGGAGAGCGGGAGAAGUAUAGAACGAGGAGCCCCGCGGAACCGGACCAUAAGAAACUCAAAAAAGAAGAGAAAGACAUGGGCCAUGAGUUGGUCGUGGAUGACGCGAGUGAGGAACCAACGUCACCCCACAACGGCGCGCCUUCGCCGAGAGAAAACGGACUGGACAAACUGCAGCCUAAGAAAGAGCACCCACCUCACAGCCCUAGGUCGGGCACGUCGAGCAACGCGUCCACGCCGUCCGCCAAGAAGCUGGACGAGAAGCCGAGCACGCCGAUCUCGAAGCCGGUGACGCCGACGUCGGGCGCGAGCGGCGCGGGCGGCGCGGGCGCCCCGCUCAAGGCCGCCGUCAAGCCGCCCGCGCUGCAGUACCCGUACCUGGGCAACGGCGCGCACGACGCGUACGGCCUGGCGGGCUACUCGGCGCGCGCCGCGCUCGCCUACGAGCCGCUGAGGGCGCCCAUCGGCCCCUCCGCGCUGGCGCCCAUCCCGGGCGGCAAGCCGGCGUACUCGUUCCACGUGUCGGCGGAGGGCCAGAUGCAGCCGGUGCCGUUCCCGCCGGACGCGCUCAUGGGGCCCGGCAUCCCGCGGCACGCGCGCCAAGUGUCCGCGCUGGCUCACGGCGAGGUGGUGUGCGCGGUGACCGUCUCCUCGCCCACCAAGUACGUCUACACGGGCGGCAAGGGCUGCGUCAAGGUGUGGGACAUCAGCCAGCCGAGCAAGGCGCCCGUCAGCCAGCUGGACUGCUUGCAAAGGGACAACUACAUAAGAUCGGUCAAGCUGCUGCCCGACGGCCGCACGCUCAUAGUCGGCGGCGAGGCGUCCAACCUCUCCAUCUGGGACUUGGCGUCGCCCACGCCCAGGAUCAAGGCGGAGCUCACCUCUUCGGCGCCGGCGUGCUACGCGCUCGCCAUUAGCCCCGAUUCAAAGGUGUGCUUCAGCUGCUGUUCCGACGGCAACAUCGCCGUGUGGGACCUCCACAACCAGACCUUGGUGCGCCAGUUCCAGGGCCACACCGACGGCGCCUCCUGCAUAGACAUAUCGGCCGACGGCACCAAACUAUGGACCGGCGGACUCGAUAACACCGUCAGAUCAUGGGAUCUCAGAGAAGGCAGACAAUUACAGCAACACGAUUUCAGCUCGCAAAUAUUCUCACUCGGCUACUGUCCCACGGGCGAGUGGCUGGCGGUGGGCAUGGAGAACAGCAACGUGGAGGUGCUGCACGCCGUGAAGCCGGACAAGUACCAGCUGCACCUGCACGAGUCGUGCGUGCUCUCGCUGCGGUUCGCCUCCUGCGGCAAGUGGUUCGUCUCCACCGGCAAGGACAACCUGCUCAACGCGUGGCGCACGCCCUACGGCGCCAGCAUAUUCCAGUCAAAGGAAUCGUCGUCGGUGCUCAGCUGCGACAUCUCAUCGGACGACAAGUACAUAGUGACCGGCUCCGGCGACAAGAAGGCGACAGUGUACGAAGUGAUCUAC